AUGUGGGCCAAUGAAGAAGUAGUUGCACAACAAGAGCAAGAGCGCCAUGAAAAUGAGAUUCUGAAGCAACAAAAUGAAGAACUCAGGCUUCAGAAUUUGGCAAUGAAAGAAUUUCUAAAGAACCCACACAAAUCCAUUUUUGAACACAAAAUCUGUAUCGAGAAUGCGCGAUUGAAAGAGAAGAUUCGUGCCAUGACUAUUCAAUAUAAUCAAUCUUAUGGGCUAAACGAGACCCGAAUGGGCAUAGACAUGGCCAUUCAAACCAAAAGUUAUCUUAAGCUAGCACCAUAUGCAAUGGAUGAGCUCUUUAAGCUUGGCGCGCUCAAUGAUCCACUUUGGAAUAAAAGCACCCACGGCCAAGGAGAAACACUUGAUUUUAAGUUAUAUGAAUGGACUUUUCCGCCUUGUCUUGGCCCGAAACCACAUGGAUUUGUAUCCGAGGCUUCACGGGCUCAAGGGGUCAUACCCAUGGCUACUUCAGACUUUGUAGAAGCAUUAUUCAAUGCGGAUCGAUGGCGAGACAUGUUUGUGGGAAUGAUCGGAAGGUGUACUACGAAAGUGAUUUCUAAUGGCGCUAGAGGUUCAAGAAAUGGUGCUCUACUACUUAUGAAAGCUAAAAUUCAAGUCAUUUCUUCCUUCGUGCCGGUUCGAGUCCUAAAUUUUAUUCGAUACAUCAACAAACACGCAGAGGGGCUAUGGGUUGUGGUUGAUUACUCCGUUGAUUUUGGAACGGACAGACGGUUAACAAGAAGGUGUCCAUCUGGUUGUAUUCUACAAGCUAUGCCAAAUGGGUUCACAAAGGUUACGUGGAUUGAACAUACAGAAUACGACGAACAACUGAUCCACGAAACUAUCGUGGGUUAA